AUGAUGGAAACACCUACUUCUUCGAGCAUCAAGAAGGCGGCUGCCUCUGUGAAUUUGGAGUCCGAGUUGACUUGUUCUAUCUGCACCGACCUCCUCUACCAACCCCUCACCCUCCUCGACUGCCUGCACACCUUCUGCGGCGCCUGCCUAAAAGAAUGGUUCGCCUCACAAGCCUACCGCGCCGAGACCUCUCCUCUCCCGCCUCCUCCUCCUUCCGAACAACACAAAGUCUUCACCUGUCCAGCCUGCCGCGACCCCGUGCGCGACACCAAGCACGAUGCGCGCGUCGCCACUUUGUUGGAAAUGUUUCUGGCUAUGAACCCCGAGCGCACGCGGCCGGAGGAGGAACGCAGGGAAAUGGAUGAACGGUACAGAAAGGGGAGUAAAGUGUUGCCGAGGAUAAAGAGGUGGGAGGACCGCACGGAAGAGGAGAUGAGGCUGGAUGAAGAAGAGAGGAGGGUGUUGCAUGAGGUGCAGGAGAUGAGCUUGAGGGAGGCGUGGGCGGCUUUGGAGGCAGGGAAUAGUGGGAGUAUGCUGGGGACGACUACGGGGAGCGCGACGGGGAGUAUGGUUGGUGUUGUUGGAGGAGGUGGUGGGGGUGGGAGUGCGGUUGGAGGUUCAUCGGAGAGGAGGAGGAGGGCUUCGCAUGCACCGCAUGGUUCGCACCAGAGCCAGGGGAUGACGAGUAGGGAUGUUAGUAGGAAUAGGGCGUCGGGAACGGGAACGGGAACGGGGAGUAUGGUGGGCAGAGAUAGGGAUAGGGAACGGGUGAGAGAUUCGUCGGCUGCGCCUAGUACCAGUAGUAGGAUACGGGCGCAGAAUGCGACGCUGCAUCCGGAGAAUCAUUAUGCCGACGAGAGGAGGAGAAGGAGGAGUGAAUCGCGUCAACGAGAGACGGAAGAGAGGACGAGGCGGCUUGAGCACCAGUCAUCUCUUAGGUCGCUGAUUAGUGCGGAUGACCUUGGUGAUAUCGAUAUCGAGCGGGAGAUUGAAGAGUUUGCGCGACAGAUCCAGGAGGAAGGGCUACUGGAUGGGUUGGAUUUGGAUAAUAUCGACUUGGACAACAACGACGAGCUUAGCAAGAAGAUCAUGGAGGCGUACAGGCGACGACACCGGGAGAGGACACGGGUGAAUGCCGAACGGAGUGCUAGGAGGAAUACUGCUGCUUCCAGUACAACGCAAUCAUCGUAUAGGCCGGAGCCUCUGGUUACUUCGAGGACGAGACCACCGCCGGAUCACGCUACACGACCAGCGAGUAUACGCAGUGGGGUUUCACGGUCGAGGGAGCCAAGUGCUAGCAGUAACGAGGAACGACAUCGAUACCCUCCAUCCGCGGGUGCGGCGCAUCUGGAUGUUCAGGGAGCUUCGAGAAGGCGCAGGACGACAAGCAGCGCCAGUCGGAGUUCUACUGUGCCGGUCCCGUCACAGGCCGAACAGCAACCCCGUGUGUCAGCCCACCGUUCGCAAACCGAGGUGAUCAGGUCAUCCACCACUUCUGAGGCGACGCAGCCAAUCAGACCCAGCGUGGGAGUGAUCACGGAAACACGAAGCUCCAGUUCGCCAACUGUCAGCAGCAGCAACCCCCUACUUACAACGACUACGGCAAACUCUUCAGACAUGAGGGCGCUGUCGUUCAAUGCUCGAGCUGCGGGUAUAGGGGUCACACAACCACAUACACAAACAGACGGCUCAUCAGAUUCCGACACUUCGGGAAGGAGGAGAAGAAGAACGACGACGACGACCUCUGAUCGACGACCUUCUACUACACAAGGGAAAUCCGAAAUUACUUCCGCCCCAUCGGUACCCAACUUUGUGUCAACCUCCGGUCCCGUAAGCAUCCAUCUAGCCGCCAACAACAGCACACCACCAGUACAGCCACAGCUUCAACCUUCCAACAUGCCGCGCUACUCGGAACCCCUCAUCAACUGCAACGGUUGCGGCAUGGAGCACAUCGAAUACAAGCUUCACUUCAACUGCUCCAUCUGCCACAACGGCGACUGGAACAUCUGUCUCGACUGCUGGCGCAAGCGCAAAGGAUGUCUGCACUGGUUCGGCUUCGGCUACGCCGUCUGGCACCGGUGGAACAAGGCCAAAGCCAGCGGCCACCAUCCGAAUCUUCCUCCUCCGCACCGGCUGACGGCCGUCCGGUACCUACCGCCUCUACCACCUCCCUCAAAACCAAGCGACGUCAGCAGCAGCAGCAGUUCUCGCGCCCGCAGCAGCCUGGCCGCCAACCCGCUCGAUCGCCUGCAAAGCGGCACCUUCUGCUGUCGCUGCUCGGCCUUUGCUAAUGAGUGCUACUGGCGCUGCGAGUUCUGCAAUGAGGGGGAGUGGGGGUUUUGCAAUAAUUGCGUGAAUCAGGAAAAGGCUUGUUCGCAUCCUUUGCAGGCACUUACUUAUUUACCUCCGGCGUCUUCGGCUCCGGUGACAAGUGGUACACCACCAGCGCCAGCUGA